AUGUCGUUCGCGGGUAACCCAAAAGCAAACCAACCUCAUCCUUCUGAGGCACCUCAGGAGUCUACAGGAGCAGUAGCCAAGGACUCCUUGGCUGCCGAGUCAAUGAAGUCAGGCGGUGCCUUCUCUGAGAACGAGAAUGCAGCAGUAAUGGCUGUCUCUGGCUCGAACUCAACACUCAACACAACAGACACGUCGGGUGCCACCGCACUUCCUCCUGCAAUCGAUGGCAACGAACGAGAACGACAGCAAGCUAAAGGCGCUGGUUCAGAUGAGAAGGGAGUCACCGGACUGAAGUUGGAGUCAGCAGGAAAAGCUGAGUUCAGUGGUACACAUGACCAAGAGGGUUACAGCGGUGGUCCAACCAGUACCUCGAGUGCUCCCAAGACUACACAAGGAGGACUACCUAGUGGUGCAACAGGAGACAGCUUCGCUGACGGUGGAGCUGGCUUGACGAGCUCGUCGUCUGGUAACACAUCUGAGAUCUCUUCUGGUCCACAAUCCAGUAGCCAGGUGUCGGCUCAGAAGAGCUCAACAAGUGGCUCGUCGACGUCCGCAGGCACUACAUCUGGAAGCGCUGGAAGCUCAGGUAACACAGGCAGCAGUGCUGGAACAGCACCAAACUAUGCCGCCACAGUAUCCGGAGCAAUUCGAAGUGAAGGCGAGCAGAAGCCGAAGGGUCAGAACCUCACGGAAGGUGACAUCCCACAGACAAAAACCUUCACCGGUGAUGUAGGUGGCCAGCAUGAUCCCGGUAGAGUUGCAGAGCAAACUUUCAACAAGACCAGUGCAGAGGGUGUCGCAGCGGCAGGCAAUCUCCAACAUCCUGGCAGCGGAGCAGACGUGAGCACUGAUAACAAGUUCGACGUUCUCGAUGCUGAGAGAGUACCAAACACCAGUAUGCCAGACCGAAACUAG